UGCAGCCACUCCUCACAUUUAUGGAAAUCCGCCUCCACCGUUUACCUUUUUUCUUCUUUUUUUCCUCUUUACUACUUUGGUGUUUCUCUCUCAACCUUAGCCAUACAUAUCCCACAUAUCCCUUUGUUCUAAAAACCAAAGUUCAAAUUUUUUGUUAAACUUUAUUUUCUUUUUAGACACCGCAUCAGCAGCAUCAGCAGCAUCAGCAGCGCCAACAAGCUCACUUUCAAUCCACGACAGGCUUCAGCAAAACAUGCCACCCGUUAUUGCAUAUGCCAGAACCAAAGUGACCAGCUUAUUUGGACUGACCAACCCCACACAAACUUUGCCCGACAAGCUUGCCCAAGCUACAAAGCCUCAUGUGGACUCACCCAAAGUCAAAAAGCAACAGCAGAUUAAUUCCAGGCGCUCACCAACCAUAGGCGGCAUCCGCCGUAUUAUGAAGCGCGCGCACACGCCCGAGGGCAUGGUUGUGCACUACGAGUCCCGACUGCGCGCCUUCCUGGGAAUAUCUGAUACCGACAACAAUGGGGUUUCAGAGAUUGGCGGGUUUGAUGACAGCGAGUGGCAGAUGAUUGAGCAAGAAGAGGGAAUAUUCACGCCGUUUGAUAAAGACAUGCUGUUUGACGAGGAUGAUAUCGUGGUUUUGGGCCAGGCUUUGGCCCGCGUGCAGCAGCAGCAGGCGGAUGGCAGCGGAAGAGGCCGUAAUGGCCGCGCAAAUCCAGCUAUUACUGCCGGAAUUAGAAGCAGCCUGGUUACUGAAUGGGCUAUCCAGGACAGCUAUACUCGUCUAAUUGUGCACACCAUGUGUCGCUACUAUGGCCUGGUGUCCUUCAGCAACACCCUGGACAAUGGAAAGAAUGUCCUGCAUAUUUGCCACCCACGCUUCUUCAAGGACGCGGGUGAGGCGGAUAUUCCUUCAGUAACAUUCCACAAUUUCCUAUUCAACAGCAACAACCAUUAACUGCUUUGAAAUGGGGUUUUGACAAUUUUUCUUUUUCCUUAUUUGUAUUCUCUUUCAAUAUUUGUAUUAAAACCUCAUGUAAAAAAAUAAACAAGUAUAUAUAAUUAUUUCG